GUUAGUAGGGUUGGCCGGGGCGGGCAGUAAAUAAAGGGUGGGGCCAAGAGGGGAGGAGGGAAGGACCAAGAAAGAAGCAAAAGCAGAGCCUGUAUCCCAGUUAACCUGCUGGAGCUCAUGCUGCUUGGUCUGAGCGCUGCACCAACUCACCUACUUCCCUCUCUCCUUGGGCGUCUUCUUCCCCGCUUCCUCUCCUUUCCUCACUGCACCCUGCACCCUCUACCCACUCCCCCACCCACCACUUCUGCAUCUGACCAGAGGACGAAUGAGGGAGACGUUCCAGCAAAUCAAGGUAGCAACUUUCCUCAGCUGGUUUCUGGGCUCCAGGAGCGGGAUCCUGCUGAUUCUUGGAGGUGUGCAGUCCAUGGAGGAGGAAGAGAGCAAGCAGUGAUGGGCUAAGGACCGGUGCACUAAGCCCCAAGCAGCUCAGUCUCACAAACCCGCUCCUACCCGUCCCCACGCGGGUUCCCUGUAUCUCACUCUUUUGAGAGCGGAGAGCGCGCAGCGUGCAGCCUGGGAGCAUCCAAGGAGGAUGAGGCUGGGACCCAGCCCAAGUUGGGUGUAUUUCGCGGGCGUGAGGCCACGACUGUGUCUCGGCAUGAAUUAAGAAGCUUGGAAGAUGGAGCGCGGCACAGUUCUCAUUCAGCCCGGGCUCUGGACCAGGGACACCAGCUGGACACUCCUCUAUUUCCUGUGCUACAUCCUCCCGCAGACCGCCCCGCAAGUGCUCAGGAUCGGAGGGAUUUUUGAAACUGUGGAAAACGAACCCGUUAACAUUGAAGAAUUAGCUUUCAAGUUUGCAGUCACCAGUAUUAACCGAAACCGAACCUUGAUGCCUAACACCACAUUAACCUAUGACAUCCAGAGAAUUAAUCUUUUUGAUAGUUUUGAAGCCUCCCGGAGAGCUUGCGACCAGCUGGCUCUCGGUGUGGCCGCCCUCUUUGGCCCUUCCCACAGCUCGUCUGUGAGUGCUGUGCAAUCUAUUUGCAAUGCUCUGGAAGUUCCACACAUUCAGACUCGCUGGAAACACCCCUCGGUGGACAACAGAGACUUAUUUUACAUCAACCUCUACCCAGAUUACGCAGCUAUCAGCAGGGCAGUCCUGGACCUGGUCCUCUAUUACAACUGGAAAACAGUGACUGUGGUGUAUGAAGACAGCACAGGUCUAAUUCGCCUGCAAGAGCUCAUCAAAGCUCCCUCCAGAUACAACAUUAAAAUCAAAAUCCGCCAGCUGCCCUCUGGGAAUAAAGAUGCCAAACCUCUGCUCAAGGAGAUGAAGAAAGGCAAAGAGUUUUAUGUGAUAUUUGACUGUUCACACGAGACUGCUGCUGAAAUCCUUAAGCAGAUUUUGUUCAUGGGUAUGAUGACGGAAUACUACCACUACUUCUUCACAACCCUGGACUUGUUUGCUUUAGACCUGGAACUUUACAGGUACAGUGGUGUAAAUAUGACUGGAUUUCGGUUGCUGAAUAUUGACAAUCCUCAUGUGUCAUCUGUCAUUGAAAAGUGGUCCAUGGAGAGGUUGCAGGCCCCACCCAGACCCGAGACUGGCCUUCUGGACGGCAUGAUGACAACUGAAGCAGCUCUGAUGUACGACGCUGUGUACAUGGUAGCCAUUGCUUCUCAUCGAGCCUCACAGCUGACUGUCAGCUCCCUGCAGUGCCAUCGACACAAACCAUGGCGCCUUGGGCCCAGAUUUAUGAACUUGAUCAAAGAGGCUCGGUGGGAUGGCUUGACUGGGCGUAUCACUUUCAAUAAGACCGAUGGCUUGAGAAAGGAUUUUGACCUGGACAUUAUCAGUCUCAAAGAGGAAGGAACUGAAAAGGCUGCUGGUGAAGUGUCUGUGCACUUGUAUAAAGUGUGGAAGAAGAUUGGAAUUUGGAACUCCUACAGUGGGCUGAACAUGACGGAUGGCAACAAAGACAGGUCCAACAACAUCACUGAUUCUCUGGCCAACCGGACACUCAUUGUCACCACCAUUCUGGAAGAGCCUUAUGUGAUGUACAGGAAAUCCGAUAAGCCCCUCUAUGGAAACGACAGAUUUGAAGGAUAUUGCCUGGAUCUACUGAAAGAAUUGUCAAAUAUCCUGGGUUUCCUUUAUGAUGUUAAACUAGUUCCUGACGGCAAAUAUGGAGCCCAAAAUGACAAAGGAGAGUGGAAUGGGAUGGUUAAAGAACUCAUCGAUCAUAGAGCUGACCUCGCAGUGGCUCCUCUCACCAUUACUUAUGUCAGGGAGAAAGUCAUAGACUUCUCCAAGCCCUUCAUGACCCUGGGCAUCAGCAUCCUUUACCGGAAGCCCAAUGGAACCAACCCGGGCGUCUUCUCCUUCCUCAACCCCCUGUCUCCGGACAUUUGGAUGUAUGUGCUGCUGGCCUGCUUAGGAGUCAGUUGUGUGCUCUUUGUGAUUGCCAGGUUUACACCCUACGAGUGGUAUAAUCCCCACCCGUGCAACCCCGACUCAGACGUGGUGGAAAACAAUUUCACUUUGCUAAAUAGUUUCUGGUUUGGAGUUGGAGCUCUCAUGCAGCAAGGAUCAGAGCUGAUGCCCAAAGCUCUAUCGACCAGAAUAGUUGGAGGAAUAUGGUGGUUUUUCACCCUAAUCAUCAUUUCAUCCUACACUGCCAACCUGGCUGCCUUCUUGACAGUAGAGAGGAUGGAAUCUCCCAUCGAUUCCGCUGACGAUCUGGCAAAACAAACCAAGAUAGAAUACGGAGCAGUCAGAGAUGGCUCAACAAUGACCUUCUUCAAGAAAUCAAAGAUCUCCACCUACGAGAAAAUGUGGGCUUUUAUGAGCAGCAGACAACAGAGCGCACUGGUUAAAAACAGCGAUGAGGGGAUCCAGAGAGUGCUGACCACCGACUACGCCCUGCUGAUGGAAUCCACCAGCAUUGAGUACGUGACGCAGAGGAACUGCAACCUCACCCAGAUCGGGGGCCUCAUAGAUUCCAAAGGUUACGGAGUGGGAACUCCUAUAGGCUCUCCUUACCGGGAUAAAAUCACAAUUGCCAUUCUUCAACUACAAGAAGAAGGGAAGCUGCACAUGAUGAAAGAGAAAUGGUGGCGAGGAAACGGCUGCCCUGAAGAAGAGAGUAAGGAAGCCAGUGCUCUGGGAGUGGAAAAUAUUGGGGGCAUCUUCAUUGUUCUGGCUGCGGGACUUGUCCUUUCUGUGUUUGUAGCCAUUGGAGAAUUUAUAUACAAAUCACGGAAGAACAAUGAUUCUGAGCAGGCUUUUUGUUUCUUUUAUGGACUGCAGUGUAAACAAACCCAUCCGACCAACUCCACUUCCGGAACUACUUUAUCUACAGACGUAGAAUGUGGCAAAUUAUUACGAGAGGAAAAGGGGAUUCGGACCCAGUCCUCAGUCCAUACUGUAUAACUGAGUUUUUCAAAAGGUGUUCCCAGUAGAACUGUUUGUAAUGAGUGUUGCUUGUGCCUGAGUCUACUAGGCAGAAAUAGCCAUCAUGUACUUUCCCUUUACACUAACAAAAUAUACAUACACUACUCCAGGCACUCCACUUGGGUCUCGGGGAAAAAAGUGUACUAGAUACUGAUACAGGGUUUUAGGAGAAUAUAGACUCCUGGAUGCAUGUAUAUACAAAAAUCUCUUCUAUCCAAAAUUCUUGUCUUUCUGUUUUCUUUAUGCAUUAAAAGUAAAAAUAACCCUUUCUUCAUAAACAAAAAUUGAGACACAACAGGGAAAAUCACGGGAAAACGCUAAUUCUGUGUGCACUUCUUUUCAUCUUUGUGAACUUUCCCCUCCUCUUCCUGUCUCAUGUGUUCUCUAGAGUUAUAUAUUUCAAAUUCCCUUUAGCCAUGUCUUCUCAAUAAGUAUACAAGUAACUCUAUAACAUUGUUAAUUUUUAAUUAAAUUGAUCCCAAGGUUUUAAAUGUAUUAUUUACUCAAAACUUAAUAUCAUGGCUUUUAAAGAUUCAGGGAUCAUCUCUGAAAGAAUAAUGGUUGAACUUGGAUGCAAGGGGGAUUAUCUCAUCUGAAAUUCACUCGGGGAUUGAGGUAUAGGCAAAAUGAUUUCUGGACAGAAACUCAGCAACAUCGGGUUUUCACACAAUAGUUAGCUGUCAUCUAUAGGUGUAGAGCCACUAGGGACCUCAUUUGCUUUCAAAUUAUGUACAUUUCUUUAAAGAGCCAAGCAGAGUCCUAAGUAUGAACUAAUUCAUGUCAUCUUCUGUUUUCUGCUCACCCACACUCACACUUUGCAACCAUGAACAUUCUCUCACACCACACUAUUGCAUUCACCUAAGAUAGAGUAGUGCUUCUUGCAGCCAACUUUUCUGAGCCUUGCCAAAUUUACAUUCAUUUCCCUGGGCCCAUAGCCAUUAUUAAUGCAGUCCAACUGUGCUGUGGAGACGGGGAAGGGGGGAGAAUUUCCAUAUGCAUUAGCUGCGGAUCUCUGCAGAUUUAUUUUCUACCUGCAUUCAAAGUGCUGUAAAGAAUCCCCACACUAACUCAGCUUGGUGACAUAGAAGCCAAUGGCAGGCUUAAUUUGGUGUGUCAAGGAAUGUCUGCUGCUUUCUCAGAGUUCACUCACCCUUCUCAGAGAGUCGGGGAAUGGAACUAUCUUUCACCUCCUCUCAAUAUGGGAUCAGUUGGACUUUGUUCUCUACCGGGAAAUUACUCCUUGUCAUAUCAAGUGAUCCCCAGGAAUAUAUCCCAGCCCAGGAAUAUGUUCUAGAGAGGAGUUGUUUGGCAUCAGGGCAGCCACGUUGCAUGACCAUUUUAGUCACAACUCUUUCUAAUCAAUCUUAUAUUUCCUCAGUAAAGCAUGAUCAGAAAAUUUGACUCUUGCACUGAUUCUGUCUCCGACUAUUCCUUUAAAUAAAUGAUCUCUUAUGAAAAUAUAUAAAAAUUAUAUUACUAUGUAUUUACUGUUAUUAAAGUAGAAAAAAUCUGUGUGUCACUGAUCAGGAUUUUUAUUCUCACAGUCAAGAGAAUCAGGUGGGAUAAAGGCUCCAUGCUUCUUAGUUUCAUGACUUACUGAUUCAGCAUACAGAAUCCACAAACUGCUUAUGUUUAUUUCCCAAGAACUAUUUAGUAUACCCACAUGGAUACAAAGUUUCUGAACCACUGAUGAUAAAGAAAAGUCAGAUGGUGAUAACUAGCAAAACUUACCUUUCAGAACAGCUCAUCCUUAAAAUGUGUUUUGGAGAUGAAUAAAGAACUAAUUUCCUUCAAAAGUUAAUAAUAGGAGAGCUUGGAAUAUAGCUUGGCUGAUGUAAUGCUUGCCUGAUAUGCACGAAGCUCUGGGGUAGGACUCCCCAGUCCCAAUCACGCACAAAACUAUGUGUGCUGUCACAAAUCUGUAAUCCUAGCACUCAAGAAAUAGAAAGAGAAGGAUUAGAAAUUCAAGAUCAUCCUUUACUAUGUACUAAGUUUGAGGGAUCCCUGAACUACAUGAGACUUUGUCUCAAAAACAAACAAAUAAAUAAAUAAACAAU